UCCAAACCAACCUGUUUACCCGGCCACGCCCGCGCCGCUGCUGCCUUCUUCCUCCCUUUCACUACAUUCAUCCACCCAUCCACCCAUCUUUCUUUCUUCUCGACGGCCGUGCCACCGCCACCGGUACCGUACCAGAGCCAAGCUCCCCUCCGGCUAUCCCAGCUGCAUCUAUACAAACCUUCUCCUGCCUCCUCCUCCUCUUUCUUCUUCUUCCACCUCUGGACAGCGCGAGCUAGCUAUUCUCUCCGUGGGCCGACAUACCGAUGGAAGUGGAAUACCACGAGGAGUACGUGCGGAGCUCGGGAGGGGUGCAGCUCUUCACCUGCGGCUGGCUUCCCGCCAAAACCUCGCCCAAGGCCCUCGUCUUCCUCUGCCACGGCUAUGCGAUGGAGUGCAGCGGCUACAUGAGAGAGUGCGGAUUGCGGCUGGCGGUGGCGGGGUAUGGGGUGUUCGGCAUGGACUACGAGGGGCACGGCAAGUCCAUGGGUGCCCGCUGCUACAUCCACAGCUUCAGCCGCCUCGUCGACGAUUGCCACCGCUUCUUCAAGUCCAUCUGCGACCUGGAGGAGUACAGGAGCAAGAGCCGGUUCCUGUACGGCGAGUCCAUGGGCGGCGCGGUGGCGCUGUUGCUGCACAUGAAGGACCCAACCUUCUGGGACGGCGCCAUCCUCGUCGCGCCAAUGUGCAAGAUAUCGGAGAAGGUGAAGCCGCACCCGCUGGUGAUCACGCUCCUGACGCAGGUGGAAGAUGUCAUCCCAAGGUGGAAGAUCGUGCCCACCAAGGACGUCAUCGACGCCGCCUUCAAGGACCCCGUCAAGCGCGAGAAGAUCAGGAAAAACAAGCUCAUCUACCAGGACAAACCGAGGCUCAAAACGGCGCUAGAGAUGCUCAGGACCAGCAUGUACGUAGAGGACAGCUUGUCUCAGGUGAAGCUGCCGUUCUUCGUGCUGCACGGCGACGCCGACACGGUGACGGACCCGGAGGUGAGCCGCGCGCUGUACAAGCGCGCCGCCAGCUCCGACAAGGCCAUCAAGCUCUACCGGGGGAUGUGGCACGGCCUCACCGCCGGCGAGCCCGACGACAACGUCGACUCCAUCUUCGCCGACGUCGUCGCCUGGCUCAACGAGCGCAGCCGCACCUGGACGGUGGAGGACCGCCUGAUGAAGAUGAUGUCAUCGCCGGACAGGUUCAUCCGGGGCGCCGCCGCCAGAGACGGCAGCGCAAGGCCGGCGAACAGGCAUGGCGGCGGCGCUGGCCCUCAGCGGCGGCGCGGCGGCUGCCUCUGCGGGCUCGCCGGCCGUACCCAUCACCACUCGGAAAUGUAGCCUGCAAUGUAAAGAUAGAAGCUUCCAGCCUAGAAUGAUCAAUAAGUGGCAGUGUGCAUGACUGCAUGUAUUAUAGUAAGUGUCAAGAGUCAAGGCUUAUGCCUACUUGCCAUGUAAUAAAAUGUAUGACAAACCAUUCCUUUCCCUCCAAUGCAGUUCACA